CUCCGCCCGGGGAGGCCGAGCGCGCCCCGGCACGGCCCCGCGCCGCGCCCCGCCGGAGCCGCCGCUCGCCAUGGGCUCCCGCCUGUCGCUGGACGAGUCCGUGCGGGUCGUGGUGGUCGGGGGCGGCUUCGGAGGGACGGCGGCCGCCAGCCUGCUCAAGUCCUGGGCCGUCCCCUUCGUGCUGGUGGACGUGAGAGAUGCUUUCCAUCACAACGUGGCCGCGCUCCGGGCCGCCGUGGAGAGCGGAUUUGCCAAGAAGACUUUCAUCUCCUACUCGGUCACCUUUGGGGACAGCUUCCGACAAGGCAAGGUUGUGGCCAUAGACCCUGGGAGGCAACAAGUUGUGCUCAGUGACGGUGAGGAGCUCCACUACUCCCAUCUCAUUCUUGCAACAGGCAGUGAUGGGCCAUUCCCUGGGAAGUUCAACCAAGUCAUUGACAUGGAAAGUGCCAUCCAGACCUAUGAGGACAUGGUUAAAGAGAUUGAGAAAUCUCAGCGCAUCCUGGUAGUGGGAGGUGGUGCUGCUGGAGUGGAGAUGGCUGCUGAGAUCAAAACAGACUACCCAGAGAAAGAGGUCAUCCUCAUUCACUCAAAAACUGCACUGGCUGACGUGGAGCUGCUGCCCAGUGUCCGUCAGGUGGUGAAAGAGAUUCUCCUCAGGAAAGGAGUCCGGCUGCUGUUAAGUGAAAAGGUCAGCGACGUAGAAAGCCUCAGGCCAAACCAGUUCCAGAAAGACAUGGUAGUGAGGACAGAGAAGGGCACUGAGGUGGUUGUUGACAUGGUGGUGCUGUGCACAGGGAUAAAGAUCAACUCUUCUGCAUAUGCUGCUGCAUUUGGUGACAAAAUGGCAAGUAAUGGUGCUUUGAAAGUUAACAAGCAUCUCCAGCUGGAAGGCUACGAGAACAUCUAUGCCAUCGGGGACUGUGCAGAUCUCAGAGAGCCCAAGAUGGCCUACCAUGCUGGGCUCCACGCCAACAUUGCGGUGACAAAUAUCAUCAACAGCCUGACACAGAAGCCUCUCAAAACCUACGAGCCAGGGUCACUAACAUUCCUGCUUUCCAUGGGCAGGAAUGAUGGCGUGGGCCAGGUGAAUGGUUACUAUGUGGGACGUCUCCUGGUGACCAUUGCCAAGAGCCGGGAUCUGUUUGUCUCCAAGAGCUGGAAGACCAUGGGGCAGACAAUGCCCUCUUGAGAGGGCACCAGGAACAAUCCAGCAAGGAGUGCAGCAACUGGAACAGGGCGAGGUGUGCUUCUAUUGCUUGGACUGACUGAUACUGUCCUCUGCAGCGCCUCCUCAGGCCACCUGUCACUGUGACACAUAAAAGGGGUGCCUGCCUUGCUGUGAAGGGGACGGAGGCACUUCCCAAAUGAGCUGCACAGAAGCUCCCAGGAUAAAAACCAGGGAAGAAAUGUUUCUUUUACUCCCCCCGCUGAGAGAGCUCUGGGCAACAAGCUUGGCUUACCUUGAUUUGGAACAAUAAACACUGCUUUUCAGAA